GCCCCGGCCCGCCGCAUGGAGCCGCCCGGGCGCCGGCGGGGCCGCACACGGCGGCCGGCGCCGCUGCUGCUGCCGCUCACGCUGCUCGCGCUGCUGGCGGGCGGAGGCGGCGGCGGCGCCGCGGCGCUGCCCCCUGGCUGCAAGCACGACGGGCGGCCCCGAGGGGCCGGCAGGACGGCGGGCGCCGCCGAGGGCAAGGUGGUGUGCAGCAGCCUGGAGCUCGCGCAGGUCCUGCCCCCCGACACGCUGCCCAACCGCACGGUCACCCUGAUUCUGAGUAACAAUAAAAUAUCCGAGCUGAAGAAUGGCUCAUUUUCUGGGUUAAGUCUCCUUGAAAGACUGCCAUGUGCCUCAGAGGGGCCGGUCAUACCUAAGUCCCAGGCCCGACUCCACGGCGGACGGCCCUUCACUCACAUUCCAUGGGCCCAGGGUGAGGAACGGGCAGUGACCAAUUUAACUGAGUCAGGAUUUGCUCAGCACUUUUUGGGAAAGGAAUUUCCUUACUGUCAACAGAACAGAUGGUUGCACAGCCUAGAGACUGCUGCCACUGGCUUGGGCCGGAGCCGACACACCAAAGAUCAGGGAGUAGGGCCCAUCUUGGUCAGCAGCAGGGACCUCCGAAAUAAUCUCAUUAGUAGUAUAGAUCCCGGUGCCUUUUGGGGACUUUCAUCGCUAAAAAGAUUGGAUCUGACAAACAAUCGAAUAGGAUGUCUGAAUGCAGAUAUAUUUCGAGGACUCACCAAUCUGGUUAGGCUAAACCUUUCAGGGAAUUUGUUUUCUUCAUUAUCUCAAGGAACUUUUGAUUAUCUUGGCUCACUCCGGUCUUUAGAAUUUCAGACUGAGUAUCUUUUGUGUGAUUGCAACAUAUUGUGGAUGCAUCGCUGGGUGAAGGAGAGAAACAUCACCGUACGGGACACGCGGUGUGUUUAUCCAAAGUCCCUUCAGGCCCAGCCAGUCACGGGGGUGAAGCAGGAGUUGCUGACAUGCGAUCCACCCCUCGAAUUACCAUCUUUCUACAUGACUCCAUCUCAUCGCCAAGUGGUGUUUGAAGGAGACAGCCUUCCAUUCCAGUGUAUGGCUUCAUAUAUUGAUCAGGACAUGCAAGUAUUGUGGUAUCAGGAUGGACGGAUAGUUGAAACUGAUGAAUCGCAAGGUAUCUUUGUUGAAAAGAACAUGAUUCACAACUGCUCGUUGAUUGCAAGUGCCCUAACCAUUUCUAAUAUUCAGGCUGGAUCAACUGGAAAUUGGGGCUGUCACGUCCAGACCAAACGUGGGAACAAUACGAGAACUGUCGAUAUUGUGGUGUUAGAAAGCUCUGCACAGUACUGUCCUCCCGAGAGGGUGGUAAACAAUAAAGGGGAGUUCAGGUGGCCCAGGACGUUAGCUGGCAUUACUGCGUACCUUCAGUGCACGCGGAAUACCCAUGGCAGUGGGAUUUAUCCCGGAAACCCCCAGGAUGAGAGGAAGGCUUGGCGCAGAUGCGACAGAGGUGGCUUCUGGGCCAGUGAUGACUAUUCUCGCUGCCAGUAUGCAAACGAUGUCACUAGGGUGCUUUAUAUGUUUAAUCAGAUGCCUCUCAAUCUUACUAAUGCUGUGGCCACGGCCCGGCAGUUACUGGCUUAUACUGUGGAAGCUGCCAAUUUUUCUGACAAGAUGGAUGUUAUAUUUGUGGCUGAAAUGAUAGAAAAAUUUGGAAGAUUUACCAAAGAGGAAAAGUCCAAAGAGCUCGGGGAUGUGAUGGUUGACAUCGCAAGUAACAUCAUGUUGGCUGACGAGCGUGUCCUGUGGCUGGCGCAGAGGGAAGCAAGGGCCUGCAGUAGAAUCGUUCAGUGUCUGCAGCGCGUUGCUACGUACCGAUUAGCAAACGGAGCUCAUGUUUAUUCAACAUAUUCACCCAAUAUUGCUCUGGAAGCUUAUGUCAUCAAGGCCGCGGGUUUCACUGGGAUGACGUGCACCGUGUUCCAGAAGGUAGCAGCUGCUGACCGGACAGGCCUUUCUGAGUAUGGGAGGCGGGACCCGGAUGGAAACCUGGAUAAACAACUGAGCUUUAAGUGCAAUGUUUCAAAUACGUUUUCAAGUCUGGCACUGAAGAAUACUAUCAUCGAGGCUUCUAUUCAGCUGCCUCCUUCCCUUUUCUCACCAAAGCAGAAAAGGGAAGUCAGGCCCACUGAUGACUCUCUCUGUAAGCUUCAACUAAUUGCAUUCCGCAACGGAAAGCUUUUCCCAGCCACCGGGAAUUCAACAAAUUUGGCUGAUGAUGGAAAACGCCGUACAGUAGUUACCCCCGUGAUUCUCACCAAAAUAGAUGGUGUGAAUGUGGAUACCCACCACAUCCCUGUUAAUGUAACACUACGUCGAAUCGCACACGGAGCAGAUGCCGUGGCCGCCCAGUGGGAUUUUGAUUUGCUGAACGGACAAGGAGGCUGGAAGUCAGAUGGGUGCCGUAUACUCUACUCGGAUGAAAAUAUCACCACCAUUCAGUGCUACUCCCUUAGUAACUAUGCAGUUUUAAUGGACUUGACAGGAUCCGAACUCUACACCCAGGCAGCCAGUCUGCUACACCCCGUGGUUUAUACUACCGCCGUCAUUCUCCUCUUAAGCCUUCUGGCAGUCACCGUCAGCUACAUAUACCAUCACAGCUUGAUUAGAAUCAGUCUCAAGGGCUGGCAUAUGCUUGUGAACUUGUGCUUUCAUAUUUUCCUGACCUGUGUGGUCUUCGUGGGAGGAAUAACCCAAACCAGAAAUGCCAGUGUCUGCCAAGCGGUUGGAAUAAUUCUUCAUUAUUCCACCCUUGCUACAGUACUAUGGGUGGGAGUGACAGCUCGAAAUAUCUAUAAACAAGUCACUAAAAAGGCGAAAAGAUGCCAGGAUCCCGAUGAACUGCCACCUCCACCAAGACCAAUGCUCAGGUUUUACCUGAUCGGAGGUGGCAUACCCAUCAUAGUCUGUGGCAUAACGGCUGCGGCAAACAUCAAGAAUUACGGCAGUCGGCCAAAUGCACCCUACUGCUGGAUGGCCUGGGAGCCCUCCUUGGGAGCCUUCUAUGGGCCUGCCAGCUUCAUCACCUUCGUAAACUGUAUGUACUUUCUCAGCAUAUUCAUUCAGUUGAAGAGACACCCCGAGCGCAAGUACGAGCUGAAAGAGCCCACGGAGGAGCAGCAGCGGCUGGCGGCUGACGAGAACGGCGCAGGGCGUCGCCAGGACUCGCUGUCUCUGUCUCUCGUCUCCACGUCAGCACUGGAAAAUGAGCACACGUUUCAUUCUCAACUGCUGGGGGCCAGUCUCACCUUGCUCUUCUAUGUCGCCUUGUGGAUGUUCGGGGCCUUGGCCGUUUCCCUGUAUUACCCUCUGGACUUGGUGUUUAGCUUCUUUUUUGGGGCCUCAUGUUUAAGCCUCAGUGCCUUCAUUGUGGUUCACCACUGCGUGAACAGGGAGGAUGUUAGACUUGCGUGGGUCAUGACCUGCUGCCCCGGCCGGAGCUCGUACUCCGUGCAGGUCAACGUGCAGCCCCCCAGCUCCGGUGGCACCAACGGAGAGGCCCCGAAGUGCACCAACAGCAGCGCCGAGUCCUCGUGCACCAACAAGAGCACGUCGAGCUUCAAGAAUUCCUCCCAGGGCUGCAAACUGACGAACCUGCAGGCGGCCGCGGCUCAGUGCCACGCCAACGCUCUGCCCUUGAACUCCGCGCCUCAGCUCGACAACAGUUUGACAGAACAUUCGAUGGACAAUGACAUCAAGAUGCACGUGGCGCCUUUGGAGGUUCAGUUUCGCACAAAUGUGCACCCGGGCCGCCAUCAUAAAAACAGGAGUAAAGGACACCGAGCGAGCCGACUCACAGUCCUCCGAGAGUACGCCUAUGACGUCCCAACAAGCGUGGAGGGCAGUGUGCAGAACGGCUUCCCUAAGAGCCGGUCGGGCAGUAACGAAGGACACUCGAGGAGCAGAAGGGCGUACUUAGCCCACAGGGAGAGACAGUACAACCCCCCGCAGCAGGAGAGCAGCGACGGCUGUAGCACACUCCCCCAGAGCAGCAGAAAUUUCGAAAAGCCCAUUUCAAACAGUAGUAAGAAAGAUGCCUUAAGGAAGCCAAUUGUAGUUGAACUUGAAAGCCAGCAGAAGUCUUACGGACUCAACUUGGCUGUCCAGAAUGGACCAGUCAAAAGCAACGGGCAGGACGGCCCCUUGCUGGGUACAGAGAGCACUGGCAACGUUAGGACCGGGCUGUGGAAACACGAAACUGCUGUGUAGCAGUGGGGAGCUGGGGGGGGUAGUGGUUCUGAGGCAGAAACCCAACAAACUGUGAGCUUCACAUUCCUUUAAGCUACGAACGUGUGCAAACGGUUUACAGCCACCUUAGGGAUUCGAAACAGUUUUGAAUAAACUUCUACAUUUGGGAUUUUACAUAUUUUAUAUCCCCCGAUUGUUGCUUUUUUUUUUAUGAAUUAAAAAAGAAAAGAAAAAGCCCUCCGAGCACUGUUUUAGUUGUAAAGCACCAGCAGGACUUGGAGAAUCUGAAAUGUAGUUUUUUGGAACCUGUUCUAUCUACUUAACAUUUCAGGCUUGUAUUUAAUACAAUAAAUAGGUGUUUGUCCUUGU